AUGGCGUCCUCCUUCGGCUCAGCUUUCCGUUCGUUCUGGCACACGAUGACCAGCUAUGACCGACAUUCUACCUACGAUUCACCGUACCGAACAGGCCGACAUGUCCCCCUUGGCCAGGGAGGAAGGAUGGGUGUUCUCACCUCAGUCGCGACGGCAUCGGAAUCAAGAGCCGACAUCACCUCGCCCUACACAGACGAGACCGGGAGGUUCUCUUCAUCUGCAUUAGACAACAAUGCAACCGCGUAUCAAGGUGCGGGUGGUUCUCCCGUGCUGCCGAUGAGCCCUGGUUCGGGCAGACCUUACUCCCCCGGUCUGCGUUCUCUGAAUGCCCGCUCCAACACGAAUGACGGCUUCGAGACGCAUAGUCCUGCUGGUGAAAUUCCAAUGCAGUCCUUUCAAGAUGGCCUCCCUCCUCCGCCACCCGUGAGCCACACCUGGAGCCGUAUCGAUGCAUGGUGCGAAGAGAACUACCCAGAGCUUUUUGACCAAUUAGGCGAAGGAUGCACCGUUAACGACAUCAACGAGCUGGAGCACCAACUUGACUGCUCUUUACCUCAGGAUGUUAGGGAGUCUUGGCAGGUACAUGACGGACAAGAAAUCGGCGGCAUUCCCACGGGUAUCAUCUUUGGAUCCAUGUUGCUCGACUGCGAAGAAAUUGUCCGCGAAUGGGACCAGUGGCGGAGAGUGAAUCAGGAGUUCCUCCUGGAGACAAAUGUGGUGAAGCCCGCGGUGCCGUCGAAAGCAUUUGGCGGGAGUAACGAGGCUUCGUCUUCAAAGGCCGCUCCAAGUCCGACCUCGCCCAAUAACCCUCAUUGGAGACAAGACCUCCUCGCCCGCCAGGACUGCGUGCCCCCGAACGCCAUUCAAAAAGCCUACGCUCACCCAGGCUGGGUUCCUUUGGUUCGCGACUGGGGCGGUAAUAAUCUGGCUGUGGACCUGGCGCCUGGUCCCGCUGGCCAUUGGGGUCAGAUCAUCAUGUUUGGUCGAGACUACGAUACCAAGUACGUGGUUGCCCGCUCGUGGGCGGCCUUCGUAGCUCUGGUCGCGGAUGACUUGAACAGCGGUAAAUGGUUCAUUGAUGAGGACACCAAUGAGCUGAAACUGCGUGAGUUUAAGGCAACUCGUGUCGAGCCAGCUUACUUCGAUAUUCUGCGAUGGCGAAUGGAUCAGAAGUACGGUCGCCGCGCUGCCAAGAGGAGAUCCAUGGCUCCUGGCGGCGCCUCCUCUCCUACCGGCUCCGCAUCACCGUAUGCCAGUCCGACCGAACCGGGCGGCGAGAUUCGUGGUCGACAACUGCAACGUCUGAGCAACAGCUCUCCCUUGGCCAGCCCUAACCGCCCUGGCUACGGUAAACCCAGCCCGCUUGCCCGAGUCACCGAGGAAAUAGCGAUUCCGGAAGCUGCUCUGUCAAAUGGCGUGAAGAAGCCUGAAAAGUUGGUAGAAGUUGAGACCCCACGACCAAGUGAGGAUGGAGUGAAGGCGCCAAGGCUUGCGUUGCUGACCAAGCGGGAGUCUGGCCUGAAUGGUCAACUUGUGGCAUCCGAUGAUGGCGAGGCUCUUUCUCCCAAGGCGAAUGGCAAGAAACCUAUCACCAUCGAGGAGGCCAUGAAGGAAAUUGAGAUCUGA